AUGGCAUCCUUGCCUCCUCCACCUCCUCCAGGAUGGAGUGCAGCGCCAUCAUCAAUGCCGAUGGCGCCGCCGCCUCCCGGAUACCAGCCGCCCGCCGACCCGACCGUCGCAAAAUUUGCGCAGAAAAAACAUGAAUGGUUACGAACGCAACGGAGUCGAUUCGGCGAGAAGCGCAAAGGGGGAUUCGUGGAGACUCAGAAGGCGGAUAUGCCCCCGGAGCAUCUGCGAAAGAUUGUGAAGGAUAUCGGCGAUGUGUCACAGCGAAAAUUUACCAAUGAAAAGCGUGCCUAUCUGGGCGCGUUGAAGUUUAUGCCCCACGCCGUCUUGAAGCUUCUGGAGAACAUGCCAAUGCCAUGGGAAGCUGCCAGAGAAGUCAAGGUACUCUAUCACGUCAAUGGUUGCUUGACUUUGGUCAAUGAGACCCCGCGUGUGAUCGAGCCAGUCUUCCAUGCCCAGUGGGCUACGAUGUGGAUGUGCAUGCGUCGCGAAAAGAGUGAUCGACGACACUUUAAGCGCAUGCGUUUCCCUCCAUUCGAUGACGAAGAACCUCCUCUUUCAUGGUCAGAAAAUAUUGAAGAUGUCGAGCCUCUGGAGCCCAUCCAGAUGGAGCUGGACGAGGAGGAAGAUGCUGCGGUCUACGAAUGGCUUUACGACCACCGACCCCUCUUAGAUACCCCUCACGUUAACGGACCGAGCUAUAAGAGCUGGAAUCUUUCUUUACCACAGAUGGCGACUCUUCACCGUCUCAGUCAUCAGCUUCUAAGUGAUGUGGUGGAUCAGAACUACCAUCACAUGUUCGACCUCAACAGCUUCUUCACAGCAAAGGCCCUCAAUGUUGCAAUUCCCGGUGGACCUCGCUUUGAGCCGUUGUACAAGGAUAUUGACCCCAACGAUGAGGAUUUCAGCGAGUUCAACGCUAUCGACCGCAUCAUUUUCCGUGCACCCAUUCGUACCGAGUACCGGGUCACCUUCCCCUUCCUCUAUAAUACUCUCCCGCGCAGUGUCAAGGUUGCCUGGUACUCUCACCCCCAGGUGGUCUAUGUCCGCACCGAGGACCCCAACCUCCCCGCUUUCUACUUCGACCCUGUUAUCAAUCCUAUUUCCUCCCGCUCAGUCGCCCCGAAGAACCUCACCGUUAGCCACGAGCACGAGAUCUUUGGUGACGAUAAUGAGGACGAUUUCGAACUUCCUGGUGAGGUUGAGCCGUUUUUUGAAGAUGAGGAGCUUUACACUGCGGAUACUGCAUCUGCAAUUGCUCUUUGGUGGGCCCCUCAUCCCUUUAAUAAGCGAUCUGGUAAGAUGGUUCGGGCUCAGGAUGUGCCGCUUGUGAAGCAGUGGUACCUGGAACAUUGCCCCCAGGGCCAGCCCGUCAAAGUCCGUGUCUCUUACCAAAAGCUUCUUAAGACAUAUGUCCUUAACGAGCUGCACAAGAGCACGCCAAAGGCCCAGAGCAAGCAGAAUCUCCUCAAGACGCUGAAGACCACCAAGUUCUUCCAGCAGACUACCAUUGACUGGGUUGAGGCUGGUUUACAAGUCUGUCGCCAGGGUUUCAACAUGCUCAACUUGUUGAUUCACCGCAAGAACUUGACUUACCUGCAUCUUGACUACAACUUUAACUUGAAGCCUGUGAAGACCCUUACAACAAAGGAGCGAAAGAAGUCCCGUUUUGGAAACGCUUUCCACUUGAUGCGAGAAAUUCUCAGAUUGACCAAGUUGAUUGUUGAUGCUCAGGUCCAGUACCGUCUGGGCAACAUUGAUGCUUUCCAGCUUGCGGACGGUAUUCUCUAUGCGUUCAACCACGUAGGUCAGCUGACUGGUAUGUACCGAUACAAGUACAAGCUGAUGCACCAGAUCCGUUCGUGCAAGGAUUUGAAGCAUCUUAUCUACUACCGAUUCAACUCUGGCCCCGUUGGUAAGGGACCUGGUUGUGGUUUCUGGGCACCAGCUUGGCGAGUGUGGCUGUUCUUCAUGCGUGGUAUCAUUCCUCUUCUGGAGAGAUGGCUUGGCAACCUGCUCUCUCGUCAAUUCGAGGGUCGUCACAGCAAGGGUGUUGCCAAGACCGUUACCAAGCAGCGUGUGGAGUCUCACUUCGAUCUUGAGUUGCGUGCAUCCGUCAUGGCGGAUCUCAUGGAUAUGAUGCCCGAGGGUAUCAAGCAGAACAAGGUCAACGUUGUCCUGCAGCAUCUGUCUGAAGCCUGGAGAUGUUGGAAAAGUAACAUUCCUUGGAAGGUUCCUGGCCUGCCCGCUCCUAUUGAAAACAUCAUUCUUCGUUAUGUCAAGAGUAAGGCUGACUGGUGGAUUUCCGUGGCUCACUACAACCGGGAGAGAAUUCGCCGAGGAGCUACUGUCGACAAGACCGUGGCGAAGAAGAACUUGGGCCGACUGACUCGUCUUUGGCUCAAGUCGGAGCAAGAAAGACAGCACAACUACCUGAAGGAUGGUCCUUAUGUCUCGUCCGAGGAGGCUGUGGCUAUUUACACAACCAUGGUCCACUGGCUGGAGUCACGCAAGUUCUCUCCUAUUCCUUUCCCUAGUGUCUCAUAUAAGCAUGAUACCAAGAUUCUUAUCUUGGCUCUUGAACGUCUUCGCGAGUCCUACUCCGUGAAGGGCCGAUUGAACCAGAGUCAACGUGAAGAGCUUGCCUUGAUUGAGCAAGCAUAUGACUCCCCCGGUACUACUUUGGCUAGAAUCAAGCGUUUCCUCUUGACCCAGCGAGCCUUCAAGGAGGUUGGAAUUGACAUGAACGACAAUUACAAUAAUAUUAACCCCGUCUACGAUAUCGAGCCUAUUGAGAAGAUCACUGAUGCUUACCUGGACCAGUACCUGUGGUAUCAAGCAGACCAGCGUCACUUGUUCCCUGCUUGGAUCAAGCCCUCUGACUCCGAAGUUCCACCUCUUUUGACCUACAAGUGGACUCAGGGUAUCAACAACUUGUCCAAUGUUUGGGAAACCGCCGAUGGUCAGACUAACGUUAUGAUCGAGACCGAUUUGUCAAAGGUCUACGAGAAGAUGGAUCUUACUCUGUUGAACCGUAUGCUCCGUCUCAUCAUGGACCACAACUUGGCGGACUACAUCACCUCCAAGAACAACGUUCAGCUGAGCUACAAGGACAUGAACCACACCAACAGCUAUGGUUUGAUCCGUGGUCUGCAGUUCUCGGGCUUCGUUUUCCAAUACUACGGCAUGAUGAUUGAUUUGCUGCUUCUGGGCUUGCAGCGAGCCAGUGAAAUGGCUGGCCCGCCUGCUAGUCCAAAUGACUUCCUGCAGUUCCGUGACAAAGCAACCGAGACACGACACCCCAUCCGUCUUUACACUCGAUACGUUGAUAAAAUCUGGGUCUUCUUCCGUUUCGAAGCAGACGAGUCCCGAGACCUUAUUCAACGGUUCUUGACUGAGAAUCCCGAUCCUAAUUUCGAGAAUGUGAUCGGCUAUAAGAAUAAGAAGUGCUGGCCGCGUGACUGUCGAAUGCGUUUGAUGCGUCACGAUGUCAACCUUGGACGUGCUGUUUUCUGGGAUCUGAAGAACCGCCUUCCUCGCUCCAUCACCACCAUUGAAUGGGAUGAUACCUUUGCGAGUGUAUACAGCAAGGACAAUCCUAACUUGCUUUUCUCUAUGAGUGGAUUUGAAGUUCGCAUUCUCCCCAAGAGCCGCAAUCAGAAUGAGGAAUUUUCAGUCAAGGACAGUGUGUGGUCCCUUGUGGAUAACUCCACCAAGGAACGCACUGCCCACGCUUUCCUCCAGGUGACCGAGGAAGAUAUCCAAAAAUUCAACAACCGUAUUCGACAGAUUCUGAUGUCUUCUGGAUCGACCACGUUCACCAAGAUCGCAAACAAGUGGAACACAGCACUCAUCGCGCUCUUCACAUACUACCGUGAGGCUGCUGUGUCGACAGUCAACCUUCUUGACACUAUCGUGAAGUGUGAGACGAAGAUUCAGACCCGUGUCAAGAUUGGUCUGAACUCUAAGAUGCCGUCUCGUUUCCCGCCAGCUGUAUUCUACACGCCCAAGGAACUUGGUGGUCUUGGUAUGAUCUCUGGAUCUCACAUUCUCAUUCCUACAAGUGACAAGCGUUGGUCUAAGCAGACUGAUACUGGUAUUACCCACUUCCGAGCGGGUAUGUCGCAUGAUGAAGAGACUCUCAUUCCUAAUAUCUUCCGUUACAUUAUUCCCUGGGAGGCCGAGUUCAUCGACUCGCAGCGUGUCUGGAUGGAGUACUCUCAGAAGCGUAUGGAAGCCCAGCAGCAGAACCGUCGUCUGACCCUGGAGGAUCUUGAGGACAGCUGGGACCGCGGUCUUCCCCGUAUCAACACUCUUUUCCAAAAGGACCGCAGCACCCUCAGUUUCGACAAGGGUUUCCGUCUUCGUGCUGAGUUCAAGCAGUACCAAUUGAUGAAGAGCAAUCCUUUCUGGUGGACAAGCCAGAGACAUGAUGGUAAAUUGUGGAACUUGAAUGCCUACAGAACCGAUGUUAUCCAGGCUUUGGGUGGUGUUGAGACCAUCCUCGAACAUACUCUUUUCAAGGCAACCGCUUUCCCAUCUUGGGAGGGUCUUUUCUGGGAACGAGCUUCUGGUAAGCCCCUCAAAAAUUUCCAUUUCCAUUUGAAGAUGUCACAUAACUAA